UUAUCAGCGCAUGGCAAUUGGCAAAUUGCAAGUGAACUACUUGGAACUAACUCAUUCUCGUUUUGAAGGAACUCAUUGUCAUUGCACGUUUAACGGAAGAUUAUUAGUAACAUACCAAGUAAUAAUUUAGAGAGGGAGAAAGAGGUAGGUGGUUCAGUUUGUUUGGGACUAGCUAGCUAGCUAUACUGUAGUAUUGUUUAGUUUCAUAGGGAAAAUGAAAUGGUGUUUUAGGAAAGGAAAGGAACGAAGGCCUCGUCAUUUAAGCAUUAAGAAUCCUGCUAUGCUGCUGACAACACCAAUUAGUCUCAGAAACGAAACACAGGAAACAAAGAUCUUUUUUACUAUUACAGAGACUGAUGUGUAAAUAAUAUUAUAAUGCAACUCAUUUUGGCAAAUAUUAUUGUUUUGGUUGUCAUCAAGAGGAGGUUGAAAUAAUAAUUUAGUGAUUAAGAGGAGAUAUAAAUAUGUAUGUUGUGUUGGGAGAUAGAAAGAUGGACCCUGACGCAUUCACGUCCACCCUCUUCAAGUGGGAUUCGCGCACCAUCCUCCCAACUUGUUCUUCCUCACUGAUGGAGGGGACCGGGGGGCUGGAGGAGCUGUUCCAUGCGUACGGGGUGAGGUACUACACGGCGGCGAAGGUGGCAGAGCUGGGGUUCACGGCGAGGACGCUGGUGGACAUGAAAGAGGAGGAGCUGGAGCACAUGAUGAACAGCCUUUCCCAGAUCUUCCGUUGGGAUCUGCUGGUUGGCGAGCGCUAUGGCAUCAAAGCUGCCGUCCGAGCUGAGCGUAGACGCAUCCAAGACCAUCAUCAACUUCGAAUUGAUUCUCUCCCUCAAGAAGGGGUGCAACAACAUAAAGAGGCGGUGGGGAGCACGUGGGACGUCAGGAAGAGGAUGAGAAGCAGAAGCAAGACGAUGAGUGAUGAGGAGGAAGAAGAAGAGGAGGAGGAGGAGAGACAAAGAGAGCACCCGUUCAUAGUGACGGAGCCUGGGGAAGUGGCACGUGGCAAGAAGAACGGCCUGGAUUACCUAUUCCAUCUGUAUGAGCAAUGCCGUGAUUUCUUGAUCCAAGUACAGAACAUUGCCAAGGAAAGCGGUCAAAAAUGCCCUACCAAGGUGACAAACGAAGUGUUUAGGUACGCCAAGAAGGCAGGAGCUCAUUGCAUAAACAAGCCAAAGAUGAGACACUACGUUCACUGUUACGCGCUUCACUGCCUUGACAAAGACACUUCCAAUCAGCUCAGGAGGCAGUUCAAGGAGACAGGCCAGAACGUUGGGGCAUGGAGGCAGGCCUGCUACAACCCUCUAGUUGCCAUUGCUGCCCUCCACCACCACGACAUUGAUGCCAUCUUUAACUCUCAUCCUCGCCUAUCCAUCUGGUACGUUCCCACGAAGCUUCGCCAGCUUUGUCACGCCCACAGGAACAAUUCAGCUUCCACCUCCACCCAUCAUCAUCUUCUCUUCUAGCUGUCCAAACUUAAUUAUAGCUUCUACUACUACUACUUCUCAUCUAUUAUGUAAUGCCCUUAAUUAA